GCAAGAAUUAAUUGCCUGGGAAAAUUAUUGAUGCUUUACUAAUUAUGGAGCUUUUAGAGGCACUAUUGUUAUGGAAAUUAAAACAUCGUUUUUGUGUUGCUUUUAAACAUGUGUGAGUUUGACUGUCCGACACGUACAUGUUUGCAUAUUAAGUUGAAAUUGCUGGCCACAAUACAAUAUAAUAACCAGAGUUAGCAGGCAAAGAUGAAAGCAAGAGUAAGCUUUUUCCUGUUGUGCCUUAACGUUUCGUUAGUUGCUCUUGGAUGUGCUCACAAUGAAUAUGGAGUUGACCAUGACAAAGAUAAGCUCGAUCCUUCUUACAAAUACAAGAUGAAAGAUUCAUGGAUAUCUUACCUGAACAAAAUCAAUCAGAGUGUUUCAGGGUAUAAGGAGUGCUCCAAUGUGAACAGUGGUUGUUACAAGAAUGUUAUAGAGGAAGAUCUCAAAUUAUGGAGAGAUAAAGGUGGAAUAACAAAGUUAGAUUUUGACAAGGCAAAAAAGGAGACAAGAGGAACGCACUAUCAGAUCAUCAAUCAUAAAUUAUUCAGAGAAAAUGAUUGUAUGUUCGAAGCAAGGUGUAAUGGCGUGGAACAUUUUAUUCUUGAGAUCAUAGACAAGUUACCCAAUAUGGAACUGAUCAUUAAUGUACAUGAUUAUCCACAGACGUCUUAUUGGAUGGACCCUGUUCCUGUUUUCUCAUUUAGUAAGACAAAAGAAGAGUAUGAUAUCAUGUAUCCUGCAUGGACCUUUUGGGAAGGUGGUCCUGCUGUUUGGCCCAUUUAUCCCACUGGCUUGGGAAGAUGGGAUUUAAUGCGUGAGGAUUUAGAAAAGAAGGCCAAAGAAUUUCCAUGGAAUGUGAAGGAAUAUAAAGCAUUCUUUCGUGGUUCCAGGACAAGUGAUGAACGUGAUCCGUUAGUUUUACUAUCUCGUAAAGAACCAGAUCUUGUCGAUGCUCAAUACACAAAGAAUCAGGCCUGGAAAUCAGAUAAAGACACGUUAAACGCUCCUGCUGCUAAAGAAAUAUCUUUAGAAGACCAUUGCGUUUACAAAUAUUUAUUCAACUUUCGAGGCGUCGCAGCUAGUUUUCGUUUCAAGCAUCUUUUUUUGUGCGGAUCGUUGGUCUUUCAUGUUGGUGACGAAUGGUUGGAGUUUUUUUAUCCUGCCCUUAAACCGUGGGUUCAUUAUAUUCCAGUAAAAAGUGAUCUUUCCGAUGCAAGGGAUUUGAUCGAGUUCGCUCGAGCUAAUGAUGAUGUUGCUCAUGAAAUUGCAAAAAGAGGUAAAAAGUUUAUAUGGAAUCAUUUAAGAAUGGAGGACGUCAGUGCUUAUUGGAAGCGCUUGUUAAAAAAAUACGCGGAACUGACCAGGUGGAAACCGGAAUUAAAGAAAGAAUUUAAAAAGAUUAAGAAAAAGGCGUCGUAAUAAUCGUUUUAUUGAGUUAUUUUAGAACACAAAAUUAUUCCAUAAAGGUUUUAAUAAUUGACAGAAGAUUAACAAAUUUAUUAAAUUGAUGCUAUAAUAAUUAAUUAUUUGAAAUUAUGAAAAUUUAGCCUUUACAUGAGGUCAUCCGUUGCCCGCACAUGGGGGGUUUUACUUGGGGAGUUUGCCCUUUUUUUAAAGAACCACAAAUAGAUUUCGACUUCAGUUGCGUAGCUACAUCCAAUGAAAUUACUAGAAAUUAUUAAAUGCUAAUUUGAUAUCGUA